AUGGAGAGACCUGUCAAAGGCAAGACGGCAAUCGUCACUGGUGCCGGAUCUGGAAUUAACCUGUGCUUUGCCAGGUUACUGUUGGAGAAUGGCUGCAACUGUGUGUUUGCAGACCUUGCAUUACGGCCAGAGGCACAGGAGCUGGUUGAUAAGUAUUCAGCAUCAACGCCUCGAGCUGUUUUCCAGAGGACAGACGUGACCGAUUGGCUGCAGCUCGAGCGGAUGUUCGACGUGGCAGAGAAAGAAUUUGGAGACGUAGACGUGGUCUGCCCUGGAGCAGGUGUUUUCGAGCCAACAUUUUCCAGCUUCUGGUACCCCCCCGGAUCGGUCGAGAGUCGAGAUUCCCUGUCUGGUUCACGAUACGCCCAGGUCGACAUCAACAUCGUCCAUCCGAUCCGCACCACCCAGCUAGCCGUAUCCAAGUUUGCCAGCGCCAAAGGGCCGAAAUCGAUAGUCCACACCUCUAGCGUGGCCGGCCAGUUGUCUACUUUUAGCGCUCCCAUCUACGCAGCAUCAAAACAUGCCAUCAACGGGUUUGUUCGUUCACUCUCGAAAUUAGACAAGAUCGGAAUACGGGUCACGGCAGUGGCCCCGGGCCUGAUCAAGACACCACUCUGGACCGACAACCCAGACAAGCUGCGCAUGGUCGACGAGAGUAACAGCGAAUGGGUUACGCCCAAGCAGGUGGCAACUGUGAUGCUUGCCUUGGUUCAGCAGGAUGAAAUCAGCGAGUCGAGUCUGGGCAUCCCGACUGAAGGAGAUGCCCCCAUCAAGAUCAAAGGCGGCACCAUCGUCGAAGUGUCCAAGUCAGUGCGAAGGGUGGCCAUGUUCAAUGACCCAGGGCCGCUGGGAAGGCCAGGAAACGCUGUUGGAGACUUGACCCAGGUAGACGACGGGUUUCUGGCCGCGGUGCAGUCCGGAUCCUGGGGGAAGCCUGCAUCAUCCAACCUCUAG